AUGAUCGUACAGGUUGGUGUGGGCUCACCUGCCACAUACUACUCACUGAUUGUCGACACGGGGUCCUCAAACACGUGGGUCGGCGCUGAUAAGGCGUAUGUCAAGACAUCAACCAGUGAGAACACCGGUGACAGCGUGUCGGUCAGCUAUGGCUCUGGCUCGUUCUCCGGCGAGGAGUAUGUGGACACCCUCACCCUUGGAGAUGACUUGACGAUCACGGGUCAGUCCAUCGGCGUUGCGAGCAGCUCGCAAGGUUUUGACGGCGUGGACGGCAUUCUUGGUAUCGGCCCUACUGUUCUGACCGAGGACACCGUCAGCAACACCGACGAAGUGCCGACCGUCACCGACAACCUGUACGCGCAAGGCACCAUCUCCGAGUAUCUUGUUUCCGUGUCUUUCGAGCCUACCACCUCCGAGUCCGAUACGAACGGCGAGCUCACCUUCGGCGGAACCGACUCCUCGAAGUACACCGGCUCUAUCAGCUACGUUCCUCUGACCACUACGAGCCCAGCGUCCUACUACUGGGGCAUUGACGAGUCGAUCACGUACGGUUCCGGCACGACGAUCUUGUCUGAGACCGCCGGCAUUGUCGACACCGGCACGACCCUCAUCCUGAUUGCCAGCAAUGCGUACAGCAAGUACCAGAAGGCGACCAGCGCGACAGAGGAUGAGGAUACAGGCCUCUUGCGGCUGACAACCUCGGAGUACAACAACCUCGAGAACCUGUACUUCAACAUCGGCGACAACUCCUACACGCUGACCCCGAACGCGCAGAUCUGGCCGCGGUCGCUCAACUCCGCCAUUGGCGGCAGUAGCGACUACGUCUACCUCAUCGUCAACUCGAUCGGCACGCCAUCGGGCGAGGGCCUCGACUUCAUCAACGGGUACGCCUUCCUGGAGCGCUACUACUCCGUGUUCGACACGGGCAAUUCGCAAGUUGGUUUCGCGACCACGUCCUACACGGAUGCGACCACCAACUGAGGAUGUCGCGUCUCGGGAUGGAUUGGUGUGAAGGACAGCGUGGCUGUGCUCUGUGUCGUCUUGAAAG